CAACAUCACCGCCAUCAUCAACGUUUCACUGCUCUGCAACGCAAACAGAACAAUCGAAGAAAACUUGGAGGCCCUCAGAAUCCCACUUCAAUCCCCAAUUGAAAUCUCCAUGAAUGUUCGACAUCUCAAACUACCGGUUUUCAUCUUGCCUUCUUACAUUUGAAGCCUAAUUGCAAAAGGAAACCGGUUUUUUUCGUCGCCUACACCCAUCAUUUAUUCUUUCUUGGCUCCAAAAAUUGUCUGUUAUUCUUCAAAUACAUUGUUCUUGAGACAAUUCCCCGAACUCCAGAAUCCCUUUUUGUUUAUAUUUUUAUAAUUUCUGGAAAAAAAGUGUCUCUGUAGUCUGUAGUCUGUGUACUCUGUUGGCCUGAAAAAAAAAACUGGGUUUUGUUUUUUCUUUCACUUCGAAGUUCUAUCUCAUCAAAUUUCAAACUUUCAGCCUUUUCCUCUGUUUUUUCAUAAAAAUGGGGUUCUCCGUAGAGCCAAGGGAAUGAAAGUUUCUUAGUUUCUAUGCUUCAAACUGCAAAACUUUCUUCCAUUUAACAAUAUCCAACUCCCCAUCGAACUUCCCCAACCCACGACAGUCUUAUCCAUCUCAUCUUCUUUUCUUCUCGUUGGUCGAUCUAUUAAACCGUAAGAAAUGUGUAGAAACGAAACCAGAAGGGUCAUGUCCCAGGAGUUGCAAACCCUAAUGACAUAUUACAGGCCAAGCAUCCAUGCCAGGAGGGCGAACAUCACUGUCAAAUUUCAAGAUCUUUAUGGGUUUACCGUAGAAGGGAAUGUCGACGAUGUGAACGUAUUGAACGAGGUGAGAGAGAAGGUGAGGCAGCAGGGUCGUGUUUGGUGGGAAUUGGAGGCCAGAAAAGGAGCAAAUUGGUAUUUGCUGCCUGGAAUUUCCUCCAUCUCUGAAGGCAUUGCUGUCUCCUCCCUUAAAUUAUCAUUCCUCGCGAACGUAAUUACACUGAAGAAGCUUAUCAGGAAGGGAAUUCCGCCUGUUCUACGGCCUAAGGUCUGGUUUUCGGUGUCUGGGGCAGCAAAGAAGCGGUCGACGGUGCCCGAGAGCUAUUACAGUGAUUUGAUCGACGCUGUUGAGGGGAGGGUCACACAUGCCACCCGGCAGAUCGAUCAUGACCUACCACGUACUUUCCCGGGUCACCCAUGGUUGGACACUCCAGAGGGUCAUGCAGCCCUCCGGCGAGUCCUUGUUGUGUAUUCUUUUCGGGAUUCGAAUGUUGGAUAUUGUCAGGGUUUAAAUUAUGUGGCAGCAUUAUUGUUGCUGGUGAUGAAAACAGAAGAAGAUGCAUUUUGGAUGCUUGCAGUCCUAUUGGAGGAUGUGCUCGUCACUGACUGCUAUACAGACAACUUGUCAGGUUGCCACGUUGAGCAAAGGGUAUUCAAAGACCUGCUUACUCAGAAGUGCCCAAGAAUUGCUGCUCAUUUGGAAGCUCUGGAGUUUGAUGUCUCCCUUGUUGCCACAGAGUGGUUCCUAUGCCUCUUCUCUAAGAGCUUGCCCUCAGAGACAACCAUGCGGGUGUGGGAUGUCCUUUUCAACGAGGGGGCUAAGGUUUUGUUUCAUGUAGCUUUGGCUAUCUUCAAGAUGAAGGAAGAGGAGUUGUUGUUAACCAAUCAGAUUGGCGAUGUGCUUAGUAUCAUACAGAGGACAAUCCAUCAUCUCUAUAAUCCAGAUGAAUUGUUGACAGUGGCUUUUGAUAAGAUUGGAUCAAUGACAACCAACGCUAUAACAAAGCAACGGAAGAAGCAGAAGUCUGUAGUUAUGGCAGAGCUUGAUCAGAGACUGAGACGGCUAAAUCGUUCAAAAGAUGGAUGACAAAUAACUAGCUGAAAAUAACAUAGUAAUCACGUAAUGGAUCAACCUCAAAACACCACAGCCAAGGUCAGCCACUGCCGCCUCUUUAGGGGAGGAAUGGAAAGCAAGAAAUUUUCCAUCCAGAUUCCAGAGAAGAGAAGAGAGGCGAAUGUAAAAUUUGAACGUUGAGAAUGUAACAGUUUCUUUUCAAAUUCCGAACGAGGGUUGUGGACUUGUGGUGGAUGCCUUCCGCUCUGUAACUGGAGUUCAUCUCAAAACGUGAAGCAGAUGGUUCCUUCUGUGCUAGACUCGUUUGUGCAGAAGCGCUCAAACCACACUUGUCCUGUAAGUCAGGAUCAAAGAUUCACGAAGCUCCUCUGCAUAAAAAUUGCGACAAACCCAGGAUCUGUGGCAUUCCCUUCAAUCUCCCUGCAAAUUGCUCAAAUCUCAAUGACGAUGCAUCUAUGUAUCUUUUU